UUCCGUAGUCACCACUGACAGUUUUGUUUACCUGCAGAACGUUCAGCAGCGUCAUUCGAUGACGUCACAGGAGAGUCAGAACGCAAAAGUAGCAAGUAAACCUAUGACGUUCAUCUCUGCAUCAUUAUAUUUGGAUGUAAUUGGUGGAGAAAUAUCAGUUAACACUUCGCAGCGUUCCUCGCAGCAUUCACUUGGCUUACUCUACAUUUACAUCGUGUUUUUAAAAAGCUUGCUAAAAGGUUUUCAAACAAUUUUAAACGACUUUCGACAGUCUGAAAGUUUUAAACCAGUCAGCUUAAAAGUUUGACAACUGUAGUUUCCUCCAGACUGUUUUCAUGGAUCAAAUGGAGAGUGGAGACGGACAGCAUAACGACCCCAUUCGAAGGGUACCAAUCCCUCAGCUGCUUCUUUUACUGGAGCAACAUGAAGAAAUCGAUGCUAUUCGCCCGAUGAUCCGCUGGCUGCAGGUUGGUCUUUCACGUGGGGUCUUGACUGAAGAAAGCCUCCUUGUUUUGAAUCAAGUGAUUCUUCAACUGCCGCAAGAUGAAAUUGACGACGAUCUUCCUAACAAUGAAGAAGAGGCUGAUGUUCUUGCAGGAGGAAUUGAAAUUAAUCCACCUCAGGAAGAAGAAGGACCCCAGGAAAAUAUUAUAGCAGAGAUCCCAGCAGGAGAAAUUGAAUUAAACCCGGCCCAGCAAGCAGUAGAUCCGAUAGUGGAAGAAAUUAGAUGGUUCUGGGAAGACGAGGGGUCUGACAGUGACAACGAAAGUGUCCCUGAAAAUGACAAUGAUGACAGUGACCCUGAUGAAAGUGACCCUGAUAACAGUGACAAUGAAGAUUCAGACAGUGGACAGGCUGCCCCUGUGUUAUUGCCCCCCAGCCCAGUACCGGGGGGUUCCAGGAGGAGACCAAGGGAAGAGGAGGACGAUGAAGAGGAAGAUGGGAGAGACAGAAAACAUUUUAAACGCUGAAUUUUGCUGCUGGACACUCAGCAUUGCACCCCAUCUUCCAAACCCAGUGUCCGACAUGUAACAUCCUAAGAGACUGAAUCUUGGCUGGCCUCCUCUGACCCACUGAUUUAAUUUCCUGCAACCAGGGACCCUUUUACCUGUGGCACAAUGUGAUUGUGCAAACAAAUGGAUGAGCUUUUCAAUACUACCCAAGAACGAGGACGGCUCACACUGGAGCCGACACUGACCUCAUCAGUGUCAAUCAAACUCAUCAGCAACCAGCUUCAGAGGAGCUUGCAUCCGAUAAAAGCAGCAGGGACAAAUCCAGGAAACAAAUGGUUAGAAGGAAGGAGUCAAAGGGUGCACCAUGCACAAAAUUUUGGACCUAUUACAGCCCAGGUUGAAGAUGGAGUUUUGGUCCACUCAUCUGGUCUGGAUUCUGCUGACUUCACUGAAGGGAUAGAUCCUUGCCAUGAAAUGCAGGGAUAUAUUCAUAAAAUGUUGUUUGUUUUUUAGUUAAAGAGUUAAUA